UGGGUGCGCACGCAAGGUAGAACGGCUCGUACCGCUCGCUCGCCGCCGGCUCUCAGUCUACUGGAAGAUUCCAUUGUGUGAGAGUGGGCUUUCGAAAAGUUUCGCGGUACUGCCGGCGAGUUUUCGCGGACGUCUAUCAUUGAUACAUCGGGACAUCAGACCAGCACCAGCUCGCAUUCGAGGGAAGGAUCGUUCGACAAGCUCGCAAAAUAGACGAGAGUAUCGUGCCCGUGUAAAAGAGAAGAAACGGCGAAUCGGAAGGAAGAAAAAUAUAGAUAUCCCGUCGUUCCAUCGCGCGCGCUGUUUAUCCUGGGAAUCGAGCCGAGCGCGCGGGCGCCUCGACACUCCGCGCGAUUGCUUCGAGGCAAGAAGGAUCCUGGAAGGAUCGGACGGAAGGAAAACAACGUGCGCGGGAUAUGUACCGAGAGCCGAACAGCUCGUCGGGCAGCAACGCCUCCACCAAGGGCGACGAGGUCGAGCUCGUCAGUAGGUUCCUGGCGCCGCUCUGCGCCAGGGACGAGGCGGCCAGGAACAUCGCCCUGGCCGCGGCCAGGACUACCGUCGAGGGAUGGCUGGGCAGUGUCGGAAGCCCGAAUCGCUGGGAGGACGCCGGCGAUAUCGAAGACAUCAAGAACGCGACUGGCAAAUUCUCCGGUCAGGACGGAAGAUACGACAUGAGUGUCGAACGGUCGCCAACGAAGUCGUCGCCGAGGAGCGUGCAUCAGCACCACCUGCUGCAGGACACGUUCCGGACGGAGGGCUUCUUCCCGCAAAGCGUGAACGAUAACUCGGCAGCGUUCCUCGAGGAGAACAAUCCGGAGCCCUCGUUCGAUUGCGUGGAUGGCCGUCUUCUGAACGAGAGGCGAUUCCGCGAGCGAUACGGCGACGGCGUCGAGAGCAGAUCCGGCCAUUCAACGUCCUCGGAUGAGGGUAGUAAGGGCUUCAACAUCGAAGGUAGAUGUGCCCGCUUUGGUUCUAACUGUGAGAGCGAGCGAAAAUAUCAUGCCGGCUCGUCGUCGAGCGACAGAUCGACGAGUGACGACUAUUGUCCUGGUAGGACAAAGAAUAAUUAUGCCAAGUUAAAGGGCGCCAAACAGAAGCAGCUGGAAGAUGACGAGCUCGAUGCGGACACUCGGGUAUACGGCAAGAGUCCCAAGUUCGACGACAACAUGAGCGGUUUCGCUUCGUUCGACUGCCGGAAUCGCCGAGCCAAAAUCGCCGCCGGCGGCGAUCUGCUGACGCAUGAGCAGCGGCGAUACGCUGACGAUGAUGUGUCCUUCAACGAGAACGAAGCGGCGCGCAGCGACGGGGUCGUCUUUAACACGCUCGACGGUUUUGAGAACGAGAACGAGCCGUCUUACCGCCAGGACAUGAGUCUGGAGAGCCGCGAGACAGCGGCGGCUCACGAGGAUAACCCGGAAGAUCUUCGUAAUCGGGCGCAGCAACAGGACUAUCUGCGUAAGAACGAUGAGAGGAAGUUUAGCGCCGGUCAGAUCAAAAGGCCGCUUUCUCAGGACGAGGAUGUGUCUACGAAGAGCGGCAGGGUACUCGAGAGUCCGGAAGUGUCGCCCGGCGAUGUCGGCAGGAUGCUGAAUCUCGGUAACGCCUUGGACGGACCCAGGCAGGCGCAGGCCAACAAAUACCUAAGUUUAGUGACAUUGCAUCUGCCGGUGAUACUCAGGCUCAGCGUCAACUGUCCCUUUCAGAACGUCAGAAUCAAGUGCGCGGAGAUCCUUCAGAUGGUCAAGGAUAGAGGACUUCCAGUACCAGUGCCGGCUUUCGAUGGACCCAGUGCCUUCGUCCCUCUCUCAGAGCUGCCGGAUCUGAACAACCUCGAUGAAAAGACGCAUGUGCUAUUGAUGGAUGUUUUCGUGCAGAACAACAGGUUGGAUCAUGUCUCGAGAGUAAUGUCAUCGCAUCCAUCGUAUUUGGAACAUUUCUUGCGCACUCAGCAUUUCAUCCUUCGGGGUGAUGGACCACUUCCUUAUGACUACCGACAUCUCAUCGCCAUUAUGGCCGCGGGUAGGCACCAAUGUAGCUACCUUAUAAACCUGCAGAAGAGAGAGUUCCUUCUUCAGGGCGGUGACUCCUCGUGGCUCCAAGGUCUGAGAUCGAUCCCGGGGAAGCUGCAAGAUCUCUAUGAGAUCAACAAGAUCCUAGCUCAUAGACCGUGGCUCCUCAACAAAUCGCACAUAGAGAAAUUGACUAAGGGCGACGAUAAUUGGUCCUUAGCCGAGGUCGUCCAAGCGAUAGUCCUAUUAGCUCACUUCCACUCGUUGUCGUCUUUCGUAUUUUCCUGCGGAGUUAACGAGGAAUUGGAUAACGUAACUGGCCAUCAUUACAAGGAGAACAUACAGGACAAUAGUAAUAGCGUAUCGCCAGCCAAAGAUAAGAAAUUGUCCAGCAGUCCGAAGAAAAUUCCCAACGGCAACGGCAAAACCGAAAAUAUGCCGUCACCGCCAUCGUCGCCGAGCAUAGUCGGCGAGCAGGAAGUCGGCGUGGAGACUUUGAUGGAACGUAUGAAACGCCUAUCGGAAAAAUCCGAGUCCUAUCAGAUCACGCAGGAGGAACUCUCCAAGAGAUUUGAGACUGUCGAGACGCAGUCGGCCGAGUUGGCGGCGGCGCCGCAGAGGAGUAGCUCGGUUCUCGACUCGGAUAUCGGUCUAUUCAUCGAGGAUCCCACCUUCAUCUAUCAGGAUUUUGCUAAGCGUGGUCAGCUGAACGACAUACCGACCUUCCGCGUCCAAGACUACUCCUGGGAUGAUCAUGGUUACUCUCUGGUGAAUCGUCUUUACAACGAUGUCGGUAAUCUCCUCGACGAUAAAUUCAAGACCGCGUACAAUCUGACAUACUACACUAUGGGCACGCACAAUAAGGUCGACACGUCGCGCUUCAGACGGGCGAUCUGGAAUUACAUACAGUGCAUGUUCGGUAUCAGACACGACGAUUACGAUUACAAUGAGGUGAAUCAAUUGCUCGAGCGUAGUCUCAAAACCUUCAUCAAGAGUGCCGUUUGCUAUCCGGAACGUGUCACCAAAAAGGAUUAUGAUCGCGUUAUGAGGGAGUUCAAGCACAGCGAAAAGGUCCACGUGAACCUGAUGAUUCUAGAAGCUCGCAUGCAAGCGGAAUUGUUAUAUGCUCUUCGUGCCGUGAUGCGAUAUAUGACCUAAAGCGGAGUUUUGCGUCAUCCCCUCGUCUAUCUGUUGUCUGUCAAUUUGUGGAUUUGUUUUUUCGAGCCAUUCUAUCGCGCUAUCCGAAUUCCUGGAUUCUGCGCAAGGCAUGGAAGGAACGAAUGAGCGCGACAUCAUCGAGUUUCAUAUAGAACAUCAUACAUAUAUAUACAUUUGCACACGCACGGCAUCAUAAAGCCAUUUCGUCGACUCAUGAAUCGCGGCAAUAGAGAGAAAUUGCGAUUCUUCAAUCAACGCUGAGAAAGGUGAUAAUGAAGAAGCGAGGAAAAAAAAGAAACAAAGGAAAAGAAGAUAUGAAUCGGGUAGGAAGAAGAGAUGCAAGAAAACGCAAUACUUGGCCAUUUGGUGAAGCUCUUUUCGUGAUCCAAUAGCGAAUCCAAUGCAUCUUUAUUCCUCGAGCGACUUACUAAUACGUCGAUUGUACGUUCCGGUUCCGUCUAUUCGCGUAAUAAAUUUAAUAUAGUUGCGACGAAUAUGUAGGAUCGGCAAAGUACUUCCGUGCGUAUUUGACAGAUCAAAGUCUAGAGCAUUAAGAGGAGAGAACGAGAUUGUGCGAACAGACAGAAAAAAGACAAGGCUGGGGAUGACAGAGAGAUGAAAGAUUAUAAUUUGUACAUAGACACUUGUAUUUUUCUACGUUCGGCAUCGUAGCAGACUGUUAUUUGUGCGUUUCUUUUAUGUUUCAGAUCUGUUAAAAAAAACGUUUGUUCUCGCCUGUUAGUAGCUUUCGCGUCGCGCUUUAACUUUAUACACACACAACAUACACACACACACAAUUUUUUCACUGUGUUUCGAUCUUAUGCGCGAUUUGCCAACAAGUUCAUAGAUUAACGCAUCAUUACGACGUGUACACACACGAGAAAAAAUUUUAGCUCCACACGCAAUAUUUUGUUUCUGCUUCUGUGUCGGGUCUUGAUAACUUGUCACGAAGUGGAAAAUUAAUUAUAAAGUUAAAUUAAGAAAUUUAACGCUGAAUUCGUCAUCUUUGGUCUUUUUGCGUUGUAUACAUAUAUAUACAUACAUAUUAUAUAUACACACGAUGCGUUUUUUAUUUUCGCGUUUUAUUUUGAUGAUACCAUCUUUCGUAAAACUAAAAAAGACCGUGAAAGCUAACGUAAACUUGUAUCUACUUACCAUUCGUCAUACGCAUAUGUCGAGAAAACCUUAGAUUGUAGGACGAUCCGCGAUCGCGUGCAGCAUACCCACAUACACACACGCAUACACACAUGUUUUGAUGCACGCAUGCGAUCGCGGAGAGAAGCCUAUCGGCUGUGUUUAUUUACCGAGGGAUAAUGCGCUCUAUUGUCGUUUAGAUGAAUGUGAAAAGCGAACCACUUCCAUCAUCCAAGAACGAAAUAUCUUUUCAUCUUGAGAUUAAGAUAAAUCGGUUUUUGAAGAUUGGACAUUGUUAUUUUCGUCAGCAAUGGGAGGAGAUUAAAGUUUCAAUCGAAAGCGGAACUUGAUGAUAAAAACUUUUCGUGUUUAUCGCCAAGCUCACAUUGAAUAACAAAUAUAUCGAUCUCGUUUGCGUAUUGCGUAUGCUGCGUUUCGAGUUAUGCGCGAAAGAAAAAUUUGGCUGCUAUUUUAAAUUGGAGAAAGAAAAAUCAUUGUAUUUGUUUUAUACUCGUGAUUUGAAGAAGGAGGGAGGAAGAUGGCACGAAGGAAAGCGUGGAUCGGGAUUAUCAUAAUCGUAUAAGUACUAUUGCGAGAACCGACCGACCAUGAAAACACCAAUCUCUCGACGUCCGAUAUAAUGCCCGCACGCGUAGGUGUUUAUCAACGAAUUUCCAAGCCUUCUAAUAGCCUCCCUCCGUAACCUCUAAUAGCACUAUAGAGGAGAAAGAGAGAAAACUCAAUAGAGCGAUGGGGUACGCAAUGCAUAAUUGACGAAGCCCUGUCCCUCCCGAUUAAUUACGAUCGUUGUAACAACGGGGUUACCGAGCAAAUGGUGUCAAAGUGUUAUGUGCGAGGAGAAUUGAGGAGAGGCUGUUUAAACACAAAUUAAAUCCUUAUAAUAGAUUGUUAAAGUACAUGCCUACACACGAAGAACGUGGCACAAACUAUUACACGCGAAUUAUACGUGUUCUGUGAUCAUAUAUCUACAUAUAUAUGUAUAACACAUAACACACACACACACACACACACACACACACACACACACACACACACAGAGCAAAUGUGUAUAUAUACAUAUAUACAUAUGCAUAUUAUAUAUAUACAUAUAUAUACAUAUAUAUAUAUAUAUAUAUAUAUAUAUACACACCACAUACAUUUAUAUAGAUACAUAUAUACGCAUAUUUACGAUUAACUUGACGAGAGAAAGAGAAAGAAAGAGCGAGAGAAAGAGAGUGUGUACGCAGAAGUUUGACAAACGUAUAUCUACGUAUAUUCUACGUAUAUCGUUUGUAAUUAUAAUGUCUCUUUAUUGUAUAACUGUGCAUGUGUGUGUAUAUGUUGUGUGCGCAGGCGCGCUCCAAAUAUUCAAUUUACUCACAUGUGUGUUCAACGAUAUCAGAAUAUCGGUACUUUGGAAUCCAAAUUGAUGAACGUUUCUUCAAUCUUGAUUGAGCUAAUGAUAAUAAGUAACGCAUAGGGAGAUCACAAGAUGCAAAGACGCAUGCUAAAAAUUGAAACUGGCGUAAUUUCGGUGAAUUGUGAUAAUUUGCGGCUUUGAGAAGGAGGGGGAGGGAGGGAUUACAUUUUUAUUAAUAAAAUUUUUAUAAAUGUCAUAUAUAUAUAUAUAUAUAUAUAUAUAUAUAUAUAUAUAUUUAUAAUUUUAAUACAUUUGUAAAUAUAAAACUUAAAAUUUUUAAUGAAAAAUACAUUUUUUAUCUAAUAUAUAAUAAUAUAUAAAAUAAAUUCUCUCUACAAAAUAUCAAAUAUUUCGAAAUAAUAAAUGUAUCGCUUAAAAUUUUACUAAAAUGUUCAAAAUCCCAAACAUCUAUUUUAAUCAAUUAUUAAAUAUUUAGAUUUUCUGAUAUUACACCGGUUCCGAUUCUCGAUCAUAGUUAUCUAGUCUACGGGAAAUGAUAUCGGAUAAUACAUUUUAUUCGGAGGCGAGUUUGUUCCGGUGAUGUGAAGUCGUGUUCUAAAGUACCAGUUCAUGUAGGAAACAUGCGUACACACACGCGCACGGUUCGCCCGAAUGAUGCGGAACAAAACAUGGAUAGCAGCAGCGAGAUAUUUCGACCAACAAAGCGACGCGUUUUCUUGUUUCCUUAGUCGACGCCUCUACAUAUCACUCCGAGAAUUUAAGAUAUAAAAAGAAAAACGCGUCUCGCGCGAUCGCUCGUCUCGCCAGAACGGAAUAGCCGGAUCGGCAGAACCAAUAACUUUUUAGCGAUCGAACUUUUUCUCUUAUUGCUUUGUAUCCUGUCAUUUGCGGAUGACAACCGAGGAGAGGAAAUAACGAUUUUUUGCAAUCCGACACUCGCAGUUUUUGUCGUGUUAACGACAAUAUUUCCAAUUAUUUUCUGUCACUUUUUGUUGUUUUUUUUUUCUUUUUAAAAUUCUUUUUCGAUCUCUAUUUUGGAACUCUCUUUCUCUUCUCUGCUUCCCUUUAAGUAACUUUCUAUUUUUAUCUAUCUUUUUCUCUCCCUUUCAUUUUCCGGACAAUUUACGAAAUUGUCGAUCGCGAUCGAUGAGUUUAGAAAAAUCGGGACCUUUUAUUUUCUUGCAAGGAUACGUACGUUGAUAUCAAAUUGUCAGAAAAUUAAAAUUGAUCAUUGGAUUUUAUAGUAGAUUAUUUCUUAAUCAAACUCGUGUCGCGAGUGUCCGCGAAGUUGAAACCAAAGAGUUGUACAAAGGGAGUAUUGUUGCGAUUACCCGAAUUUUAAUAGUACGUAUCAGUCUAUAUAUAAAUUAUUUACAUGAAAUGUGUUUUGACACAUAAAUCAUUCAAAAGAAAAACGUACUCCACUCUGUACUAAUCGUACAUAUUCGAUACCUUUUACUCACGAAUAUUUUAUACGAUUACUUUAUAUCUGAAUAUUUAAGGAACAAAAUUAUUCGCGCGUUUAGUUUAUAAGUAUCACGAUUUCUCCGACAUACACAAUGGUUUUACGUAACUCUGAUCCCUUUUUUUAAUUCCGUUUUAGGUGACUAAUAAUAUAGGUUUCGAUGCGUAUGUAUUUUUGGUGCGUUAUGCAAUCACAGAUGAGAGAGAGAGCAAGAGAGAGAGAGAGAGAGAGAGAGAGAGAGAGAGAGAGAGAGAGAGAGAGAGAGAGCAAGAGAGAGAGAGAGAGUGAGAGAGAGUGUGAAUGUUAAUUACCAUAAUAAUCACGUUUAUUUAGGGUAAUUAUGUCGCGACUUCGAAAGCUACUUCAACUCUUUUUGAAUUUUAUAUAAAAAUACAUGGGAUGUGUAUUUUUAACAUCCUGGUUCUGUAAGAAAAUAUAAGAUUUUAUAUAGAGUUUUAUUUAUUUAAUAUGUUCCAAAAAAAAACGGCGCAACACGCGUCUUACGAGAUCGUAGUUGAAUUUUUUCUCUCUCUUUUCUCUUCUUUCUUCUCUUUUUUUAAUCAGUUUUUCUCUCUCUUUUACGUUUUUUAUUUAUUUCUUUUGUGUUAUUUAUAUUCUACAUUAUUGCUCGAACAUAAUUGAAGAUCUUUUGAGUCUUUAAUCUAUCUUUCCAGCUAUGUCUUUGCCCUCGCUAAUUUUCGUCAUUUAUUAGCAUUGUUUAUUUUAUAAUCGGCAAAAGAGAGACUUUACAAUGUGUUUUUCGAUGUAGGUGAGAGCAAUAACGGAUAGCAACAGAUGUUCGCGAUAACCGUGCGCGCAGAUUGAUCUCAUAAUGUAAUAAUUGCGAAAGAUAGAGAAAGAGAGUUGAAGGGGAGACAAAAGAAGAGAAAAUAGAAAUACGCGUGAGGCUUGUAGAGGGAGAAAGAAAAUCGUCGUUGUAAUGACAGAAGAGCGUUGUAACAAUAACGAACAGCGGCUGUUUCAUAUCUGUUUUUCAUUGUUCUUUUCUUUUGUAUUUUAAAUGCGAGAAAUUCUUGUCGAAUUCACUCGUGAUUGCCGCUGUAGCGAACCACACAUUGCGGUAGAUCAUAAUUUCGCGAUUCUAAGAAGAGAAAUACGGUAGGAAAACGGGAGAAAGAAAGAAACAGAGAGAAAGAGAAAGGAAGGAGUAGAGAGAUAAAAAAGGAUGUAGAAAGAAUCGAGAUUUUUUAUGUAAUAGCGAUUAAGUUGUGCAUACCAUAUAAAGGCGAAUGCUUUUGCAGCGAGAUACGAUCAAAUAUCGAACACUGAGAUCUCUUCACAUAGCGAAAUAUAAAAUCAUCGCAAAGCCAUCAAAACGCUUGAAAAACGCUUCAUGAUAUCUUUUAAAUAGAUUGAAAAUCUUUGGAAUGCAUUUCAGAUGUCUUAUGUAACUCCUUGUAUUAGAAAAACAGAGGGAUCUCCGAUUGUGUCUCAUGUCUGAUCAUAGCUCCACUUUUAUCAAUUUCUCUGUUUCUCUUGGACACGCGAGAGAGAGCGUGUCGAGAUUUCGAAUCGAGUUGAUGCCUCGAUAAAGUAUAUAGUGAGAAUAUUGGAGGUGGACGAGCAAAGAAAAAUAGAGAAGGUGACAGAGAAAGAAGACGCGCAUAGUGUGGAGUAAAUUUAAAAAAAAAAAAUAAAAAAAAAUAAACUUUUAUGUACAUAUAGAUCUUGAACCGGAUUUAAGCUUGUCGUCCACAGUUGUCUCAAGUGGGUAUUCUCAAGAGAAAAGGAGAGAGAGAGAGAGAGAGAGAGAAAAUGAGAGAAAAAAUGCGAGAAGGGGAGAGAAUGAAAGAAAAUGCACGAAUCGUGCAAAGUCGAGUGUCCACCUCCGAAAGUCACAAAAAGCAUAUUAAAAAUAGUACAUGCCACCGUAUCGGGAAUGAUUGUGUGAUAAUUACAAGUGAUUUGACCAGGCCCCCCUCGUCCCGAUUUAUUUAACGAAUUACUAUCAGUGAGGUUUUUUUUUAAUUGCACAUCACACGAGUAAUUUGAUGUAGAGCGGUAAAAGGAGGAAAAAAUUUUCUUUUUUCUCGUUUUGUGCUCUCUAGAUUUAGUCCUAGAAUUAUACGCAAGAGAGAAACAUCCUUUUUGAUAGUAAUUCGCUGAUUGCACCGACGAGGAAGAGAUUUCGUAAGACCUUUGGAUCAGAGAGAAGGAAUUCCUCACUCGCGUAGCCCGUCGUAACAUCUCGGUCAUGUUGAUUCGAUUAAGCAUCGCGGUCGUAGCCUAAUCUAAUCAUGGACCGACACGAGCUCGCGAUCUUUCUGAGAUUUUCACUUAGAAAUUCCAUGGAAUUUCAGUUCCCGCUAAUCUGUAUAUUGUCCAGCGAUAAGCCGGUUUCGUCGUAUAUCGUGUGUAAAAACUCGAGCGAUUGCCGCUAUUAAUGUGGCUCCUGGAGAAGAGGGGGGUCAUAUGUGAUGUGAUUUCUUUUAUAUCAUAACGAAUAAUGAAUACUAAGAAAUAUUAUAGUUUCAUAUAAGCGAUAUGUUAUUUGUCAUUUAUUUUAUCCCUUAAUAAAUGAUGUUAUAUAAAAAAGACAA